CCUAGGCAGCACCGUGGAGUGACAGCAACACCGCCACGCCGGCAAGAAAAGCCUGUUUUGGUCUCCGCCCUGUUCCUCUUGUGCCUUCUAACCGCUUCCCUCCUCGCCAAUUCCGGAACGGAACUCUUUUUUCAUUCUCCCCAGUUGAAUUGUAGGACCAAUUUCAUCAACACAAUCCGGAGUGGUCAACAUGGCGGCGGCCGUCAGGUGCCUCGGGAGAGUCUUGAUAUGUCAUCAGAGRUGUCAUCUUUCCAAGAUGGUUUAUCAGAUGUCUCUUUAUCCUUGUUCUUUAAACAUUCAAGUGCCCAACAGACAUUUUGCUGCUGCUGCUACAAAGCCUGCAAAGAAAACAAAAAAAGAUACCAAAGAAAAAGCGACAGAUGAAAAAAAGGAUGAGAUAGAAAAAAUAAAAUCAUAUUCCUACAUGGAAGGUGAACCUGAAGAUGAUGUCUAUUUAAAACGCUUAUACCCAAGGCAGAUAUAUGAGGUGGAGAAAGCUAUUCAGUUACUUAAGAAAUUUCAAAUUUUGGACUUUACUCAUCCAAAGCAAGGGGUUUAUCUUGAUUUGACACUGGAUAUGGCAUUGGGGAAAAAGAAAAAAGUGGAGCCAUUUGCCAGUGUUAUUAGUUUUCCAUACCCAUUUGCAUCAGAAAUCAAUAAAGUUGCUGUAUUUACUGGGAAUGCAUCAGAGAUUGAAAUAGCAGAAGAAAAUGGAGCUGCGUUUGCAGGAGGAACUAGUCUGAUUCAGAAGAUUUUGGAUGAUGAAGUUCAAGUAGACUUUUAUGUAGCUGUUCCAGAAAUAAUGCCUGAGCUUAAUCCAUUAAGGAAGAAACUGAAAAAAAAGUUUCCUAAGCUUACUAGAAAUUCCAUUGGCCGUGACAUCCCUAAAAUGCUUGAAUUAUUUAAAACUGGACAUGAAAUUCACGUAGAUGAAGAAAGGGAGAACUUUCUCAGUACCAAAAUAGCCACAUUGGAUAUGUCAAGUGACCAGAUAGCUACCAAUCUGCAAGCAGUUAUURAUGAAGUGUGUAAACAUAGACCUCUGAAUUUGGGUCCCUUUGUGGUACGUGCCUUCCUUCGUAGCUCAACAAGUGAAGGUUUGCUACUAAAGAUUGAUCCAUUGCUGCCCAAAGAAGUAGAAACUAAGGAAAGUAACCAAGAAGCUGCCUAAAAGUGUUGAAYUGUGAAAUUCUUUUCAACGGAUUAAGAAACAACAAAGAAAAUUAUAAAACUGCAUAAUUUCUACAUUUGAUGUCUUAUGAUUUCUUGAACAUUGCACUUAGAAGUAAAUUUUAACAAUGAAAAUUUAUACAGUUUCAAAAUUAAGGAAAUAUUUUCUCUGAACCU